CGCGCGUGUUGGAUCGCUGUCGGGAGUCGCGCGCGAUCCGCGGUGUGUCUUGAUAAGUGAAGUGACGUGAGCCGAAGUGGCGGGAUUUUUAGCCGCAGGACGGGGGGCCCACCCCCCCUUCCAUCAGCACCACAUUGGUAAAAGUCAGUGUCUCGUGAUAGGAUUUUGGCAGAAUUAUUAAACCGUGUUUUUAUUGAACAUUGAAUGUGAUUAGAUCAGAUCAAAGAUCAGCGAUGCCGACGUACGGAGGACGCGGCGAGGCGGGCGGCGCCAUGGCGUGCGCCGGCUGCGAGAAGCCCAUCCUGGACAAGUUCCUGCUGCACGUGCUGGAGCGCGCGUGGCACGCGGCGUGCGUGCGCUGCGCCGACUGCCGCGCGCCGCUCGCCGACAAGUGCUACUCCAGGGAUAACAAACUCUUUUGUAGGAAUGAUUUCUUUAGACGUUACGGUACAAAAUGCAGCGGCUGCGGUCACGGAAUAUCCCCAUCAGAUCUAGUUAGGAAAGCACGGGAAAAGGUGUUCCACCUGAAUUGCUUCACCUGCUUAGUCUGCAGGAAGCAACUGUCCACUGGUGAAGAAUUGUACGUGCUAGACGACAACAAAUUUAUAUGUAAAGAGGAUUACUUAGCGGGGAAGGCGCCGACGCAUUCUGACUCACUACUCGGCUCAGGUUCAGAUGACGAAGAAGAGGAAGAAGCGAGAGCAGCAAACAAUUCAAGUAGUCCGGCGCAUGCACCGCACCCUGCGCUACAUUCUGAGCUAUCACAUAAUGGGGACACCAAACCGCACGAAGAUUCGGAAGAUCAGGGUUCGCUGGACGGGGACACGGAGACCAGAGACUCUCAAGCGGAGAACAAGUCACCAGAUGACGGCAACGGUGGCUCCAAAAGAAGAGGGCCUCGGACGACGAUAAAGGCGAAACAGUUGGAGAUACUGAAAUCGGCUUUUUCACAGACACCCAAACCGACGAGGCACAUACGAGAACAGCUGGCAAAAGAAACAGGGCUACCCAUGAGGGUGAUACAAGUCUGGUUUCAAAACAAGCGGUCAAAGGAACGGCGUCUAAAACAGCUGACGUCGAUGGGCAGGGGGCCUUUCUUCGGCUCGUCGCGCAAGAUGCGCGGCUUCCCCAUGAACCUGUCCCCGGGGGGCCUGGAGGAGGGGCCGCCGGGGUUCCCAUACUUCGCGACAGCAGAUGGAAAGUUCGAAUUUGGCUAUGGCCCGCCGUUUCACCAUGACGCGCCGUUCUUCCAUCCGCCGCCCGCUAUGCCGUUCAACCAGCCAGGUCGUUUCCCAGGUGGUAUGGAGACGCUGCAAGGCGGCGAGUUCCAGGACCAGUUCCCUCAUCACGAGCACCUGGUGCUGCCGCGGCCUUCUUCCCCCGAGUUCGCGUUCGGCGACGCCCCCCCUCCUCUCCACCCCGAGGGUCUGGUGUGGUAGCUGAAGCCGGAGCCGCGUGACUACCACGAAUGAUGCGGCUCGACUGGCUUUUAAGUGGACUAAGUGGUUAAAUUUUAAACAUCACGUGAAAAAAGUGACUAUUACGAAAAAAAUAUUGUUUUAGUUUUUUGUUUUUUAGAGAAAUGAACUAUUAGAUAUACUUAGUACUUAGAUACAUUUCAAAAUUAUCAUCAAUAUCAGCCGAUGGACAUCCACAGGAAAUAGGUAUUUGUAAGCACUUCGAAACAUCACGAUCCUGAACCGCCUGCAUCCAGCGAAUCCCUGCGACUCGCUUGAUGUCGUCAGUCCAACUGGUGGAGGGUCGACCAACACUGCGCUUUCUAGUGCGGGGUAUUCCAGCACCUUGGGACCCCAACGUCCAUCGACUCUUCGAACUAUAAAUUUCAAAAUGCUGUAUUGAUUAUUAUUUGCUAUUUAGAAUCAUCUCCGUUUCGAAUGACCAUUGUUUUGGUAUUCAAAUUUUAAAAUGUAAAAGUAUUUUGUACAAUUUAAAAAUAGGUACUUCUAGGUACUUUCAGUAGAUUUUUAUACAUUUUAAUGAACUUAUGGGCUAUUUCAUGACAUGACAUUUGCCGUUUUAUGUACAAAUCUAUCGUUGUCCAAAAACUUUUAUUAUUCUACAAAUGGAUAUUAAAACUGGCACUAAAAAGUAAGUUCAUCAUCAUUUUAUUAUAAUUUUCGAAUCAGUAUCUUUUAUUUAUUGUUAAAUAUAUUGUAAAAUGUAGCGAAUAUUAAAAGUAUUGUAAAUAAAAAAGAAAAGUCCUUACUUACUUUAUCUGGGCAUUGCCUUUAGUUUUUAUCAGUUAUAUUAUUAUUAACUUGGUUCAAUUAAAUAUAAAAUGUCAUAUAAUAAUGCGAUUAACAUCUAUAAAACUUCAAUUUCUUUUUUAAAUUUCAAAAUAUAUAUUAUUUUUCUUGACAAUAUUGCCGCUCUGCCCAGAUUAAAGUUAUUCUUUGGACUUUUACUUUCCUUUACAGUGGUGUAACUGUCACGACCAGGCUCCAAAAAAAAAAUCAAAUUUAGUUAAAUUCACCAAAAUGAAUUUCAGUUAAUAUGUUUUUAGUCAGUUAUUUAUGAUUUUUCGAUGGUUUUUAUGUUGAGGAAUUGCGAAUUAGUUAAUUUUAGGGGGUGACGUCAUUUUAGUUUCUGCGAGGGUGUGUAGUUACACCACUGACCCUGUAAAAUAUUUUACUAAGUACUUAAUAAAUUGUGAUUGAUUGUGAAUAUUGUACAGAAAUGUGAUUAUAUUAUUAGUAAAUAUCGAUAUUUUAUUAAGUUAAACAAAAAACUAAUUUAUUUACAUUUAGCAAUUGAAAAUGUAAGCGGAUAUUUUGGUUCCUAUUUUAAAUAUAGUAGUUAACUGGUAGUUAACACAUUUUUGUUUUGUAUAUUUAUUAACUAAUUUCUAAUAAAUAGCUUACCCUUGUGAUUAGGGCGAAAUAAAUUUAUAUUAUGCACACAUAAACAAACUGUCGAUGUAAAUAAAUAUAUUGUGUAAAUAUAACUAUAGGUAAUUAGUACAUUGCUGAGCGAUUUUUUAUUACCUAAUUGUCUAUAUCGUAAUUACAUGUUUUGUGUAUAACAUACCAUAGGUAGAUAUAUUAUGCACUACUUCAACUAUAUUUUCACACAAUAUAUAUGUACCUACUUAUAGUUUAUGUGAUACUAUUUUGUACAUAAUAUAUUUAGAUGAAUCUUUUAUAUUUUGACUUUAUUUUGUUCCAUUGUUAAAUAUGUAAUUUAACUGAAGGGGUAACAUCGUAUAUAUUAUAUUUAAUGUACAAAUUUACGCUGCGUUUAUUUUUAUAUACCUCGAGUCGGUAUAAAAAUAUAUCAGUUUUACUUAACAUUGUAAUGUAUUGAAUAUAAAAUAUAUAUAUAUAUAUAUAUAUAUUCCGAGUAGUACACACUCGUUCAUCUAAAUUAUUUAAAGAAUUUUACAAAUAAACUGUAAAAAACUGUAAUAUAUUAUCUGUAUGCGCGAAUUAUUUUUCGAAAGCAUUUCUGUAAUUAAGGGAACAUUGUAUAAUAAUAGAUAUAUAUAUAUUUAAUAUGACCACAUUGUUGUUUGGUUCACGAUUUCAACUUAUAAACAAACAAAAACGCGUUUGGCAUGAAAAUACAUGUUCGAAUAUUAAUAAAAACCAAUAACUAAGAGUACUUGGCAAGUCUUAUGUGUUUCGCGUAUUUUUUAUAUAUAACUAGCUUUGCCCCGUUUCACACACGUAAAACUUAUUCCCGUAGGAACAUCAGACUAAAAAGUAGUCUUUACCUAAGUCAAAUUUCAUCCAAAUCCUAGCCAUUCUAACUACAGUCAUUACGUCGAAAAAAUCGGCUUUGAAAUACAAACGAACCGAGAUAGCUGAAAGUUUCGUAUCUCAACAGAGAUUACAGAGUUAUUGUAAAUAAACUGAAUUCAAACGUUCUUACAAAAUGGUGGAAAAUGCACAUGUGAAAUGGUCAAGAAUUUGAAGUUAAGUUUUUCAUUUAAAAUUCAGCUUUUUCAGGUCUCUUGCAUUUCAAAUUGUGUAUAAUAACUAUCAAUCAAUCAAUUUAUUUAUUUGCAGAUACAUGCAUUAUUUAUACAGGUGGUCGGUAGAUGUAGAUGGUAAAUGUAUCUUGCCAAUUAGGCAUGCAAAUUAUUUAUUAAGUAUUUAAUGAUUCAAAAGACAAUUUCGCCAUUUAAAAUUUACAUCUUUACAAUUAAAAUAUGUAUGAAAAUAACAAUAAUAUCAACUUAAAUACUCAUUUACACUGUAGAAUGCCUGUUGAGUUAGGUAUUUAUAUAAAUUAUUUUUAAAGCAAUCUAUAUUCUUUUUUUUCCUAAUUUCUUUUGGUAACUUAUAAUAAAUUCUUACUGCCGCAAUGAAUAAACUAUUAUGGUACAGAGUAGUUUUAUGUUGUUCGCAUCUAAAUUUAUCAUUGUCGCGUUUAUUUUCAUAAGGUAUAAAUAUUUUUUUGUUAUUAACUACAAACAUGACUACUUCAUAAAUAUAUAAUGAUGGUACCGUUAAUAUUUUUAAUUUUUUGAAGAACGGUUUACAACUGUCUUGUUGACAUAAUUUACAAAUUGCUCUGAUGCAUCUUUUUUGCGCUAUCAAUAAACUAUUUAGACUAUUCGGAAGUUUUCGUAUUCAUCAAUAGUGUAAAAACUCGAAACAAGACAUGGCAUAUACUUAAGUAUGACUGCCACUAUGUCAAUCGAGUUUAACUUUCUAGAGUGGUAUAAAAACGUAUUUCGCAGUAUUAUUAACAACCACUGUUUUGUUUUAAAUAUUGUUCAUAUUAAUUGUAUCUUUAAACUCUUUGCAUAUUAAGAUUUCUAAAUCCUCCAUGAGUAACUAUAAAAUUCGGUGGCGUUCAUUUUUUGUAGCGCUAUUCUGAUACAAUAUUUUUAUAACUCUAGAGUGUGAGUCUCGAAUUUGUCUCUCUCUCUAUGUCUAACAUGAUACUAUAGAUAGAGACGAAUUCGAAUUUCUCUGUCGAGUUAUACAAAUCGUUAAAAUAUUUUAUAUAUCUAUAUAAUAUGAUUUUUUUAUAUGUACACCAAAAUAUAUAUAAAAAAAUCAUACCAUAGGACAGAAACAAAGUAUAAAAGUUACAGAAACAAAGGCGGCCUUAUCGCUUCGUAUCAAUUACCUACAGGCAACUUUACUUUUUAAUCUUUCAUAGGCCAAUAUAGUGGGAUAUAAUUUAAAAUCGUGAAUCAAUGUCCAAUGUACAUAAGGGUAAACAGGAUCACUAAUUAAGUAUGUACUUAUAACUGUAAGUGUCAAUAUUCGGUACAUACUUGUUGUCUAUCUGUACUUAGUAAAUGAAAUAAAAAUAUAAUGGAAUUGUCUGUAAGAAUAAAAUCUAUUCGAUAAAUUAA